AUGAAUUCUUACCAGAAUACUCCAAAUUGUAAUCCCCUUAUGACCAAGAGGAAAUUCCAUUCAUUUAGCCGAGGUUUUUUGUUUUAUUUUUCGUUUUACGAGCAGCUCCUGAAGGCAGCACAGUUCCCAAGGAGAAACCCGCAAAGGAAACAGGUCGUCCAGCCGGUAUCCUCCGAUAAAUAUUCUGAAGACAGUGGAGGUUUUUAACGCACAGCUCAGAAAUGAGCGCAUAGAGCGGGGUUUUCUGCUCGUCCUCUCACCGAGCGGCUUGCACGGAGCCCGGUCGGAAGCUGAGGAGCCACCGUGCAAAUUCGGAAGCGGGACUCUUCUCUGAUGAUGUGAUGGAUCAUAAAGCGGUCUGACUCUGGGCCACAUCUGUCAGGCUCGAUAGAGGUUCCAGGUAGAUCACUGAAUAGUGAAAGGGGAGACCGAGAAGAGGAAGCUGGGUGCACUGGGAUCUGAGUCAAUGACCUGCUGGACAACAUAAGAAGUACAGAGGAUUAAUUAAAAUGGGGUGGCCAUACUUAUUAUCUGCUCUCUGUGUGUUUGAGGGUUUAUCACUCUGCCCACAGCCAUGCCAGACGUGAAGCUUCCACCAACAUGUGACUACCCCUCCACCUCCUCUGUUGCUCUCUCCGCCAGCUCUCCUGCUGGCUGCAGCUCUCCCCUGCGCUUCAGGAUCAACAUGAAGCCCUGCAUCGCCAACCUCCCUCUGUCCCCAGACCCCUUGAACUCUUUCCCCCGCCACAGACCCUUCCAUGCACCGUCAUACCCACUGAUGGCCAGGUGCAACAGCAGCACUUUACUCACCAACUUGGGGUUGAGGUAUUGUUCUAGCCGCCAAGGCACUCUGGGGUUAGAGCGAGGGCAGGGGAUGGUCCUGGGCUCCUGCAUCGACACUGGAAGCAACGGCAGCAGGCCUUACAGGAGUAUGGAGAACUUGAGCUGGAACACCCUAGCAGAUUCUGGCCUGUGCGCACUCAAUGCUGCACCUUGUAGAAGCAUGGACAGUGAGUUUAUUUUACAGUACACGUCUUCUAGCAACUGGUACGACGGGUCUCCAGAUGGAUCCGUACCGGGUGCCCACGGGCUGGUACCCAAUCCAGAGAGUUUGGCAUUUUUUCCUCGACGUGGGCUUCCCAGAAAGGAUCUGCCACUCUUCCCUCAACUGCUGUUUCCAGGCGGUGUUGACGAAUGGGAUACAAGAAAGGAACUAAGGGACAAGCUCCGUCUGCAGAGUGCAAGAUCCUCAGUUGAACCUUUAAGGCCCUUCCCGCUCCGGCCUCAGGUGAGCCCAAAUACUGUUACCAUUGAACAAGAAGGUGUGCCUCAGGGGUCCUCAAAGGGUGUUUGUUCCAGGCCACCAUGCACAAUGCGUACAUCUCCAGAAGAGAUCAAGCAGGAAGUUUUGAGGCGUUUACAGCUCAGGCGGCAGAAUAGCAGCCCCAACCUGACCAUCCAAAGUUCUCCGUCUAGUCCAAAAGUGGUCCAGACAUCAUACACAACAGACAGCAUUGCAGGGAACCCCAGUGGAACAGAUUCUGCCUGUGAGCGUCGUAAACCUCCUGUGGGACGUCUGUACAUCCCAACAUUUGAGGAGUUUAAGAGAAUGAGGCAGAGGGAGGGAAAGCAAAACGAGGAGUCUACAACAGUUGUUGGGGUGCCUAUAAUACAUGACAUGCCGCAAAAUGACAGACCCUUCUCUGAUCGGACCGAGCCUCUGCUGGGACCCAGUGGAGUUCAGAAAGGUAAUUCUGAAGAGGUCAAGAGGGACAAGAGUACAAGUGAAGAUGCAGCCAGAACUGACAAAGCCCUUCAAAUCGUCACUUCUUCAGAUAGACUUGCUUUAAUCUUGGUGACCAGUAACAGCACCUCAGCUCCCACUUCUUCCUGUAGUUCUGUUACCAGCAGGAACUCUCCCAUCCGAACAGGCCCAUCUCCACGGGCUCCCCUGCAGCCCCAGGCUUGCACAGCCCAGGACAAAGCCAUUGUUGUCGGAGGAGAUGAUAGGAGCGCCAGGCGCAGGAGGAGUAGUCUGGAACCAGCUGGGUCAGUUCCCUUCCCUGCCAACAGAGAGAACUGGGGGCGUCCCUCCAGCUGCUGCCCGGCGCUACUCUUGGAGGGGACAGAUCUGUCGAAAUAUGGAGCCAAGAUCUAUAAGAUGAAGGAUGGGCUCAUCGGAUCGGCACUCGACCUCAUCAAGAAAAGCUGCAGUGCAGAGAUCUCCGCUGAGGCCCCUGUCAAGCUGUCAGGUGACCGGGACGGAGGCUGUGACAUCACCACUCCCUCGGCUGACAAUCAGCUCCUCACCGUUGCCAUGGCAACGGCGGCAACGGCCUGCAGAGCCGAGUUUGGCGACGAGGUGCCUACAGAAGAAGCAGAAGGAGAGGAGACAGGAGAAUGCCAGCACACAGGUCUGGGUUGCAGGCGCUCCAGCUCGGACGCAGCCUAUGAGCUGGCCGAGACGGUGAGAGCGCAGCGGGAGUGCCGCCUCCGGCCCCACUACAGUGACCCCAUGCCAGCUGAUGCCUCCAAGCGCAAACAGCUGGAGAUGAAGAUUGCCGCCGCUGCCCGGCUCCAUAGUCAUCGGCGAGACAGGGACAGAGACAGUGCACCAGCUGCAAUCCGCGGUCACUCUGAGCCACCUGGCGAGGAGCGGCAGGCGGUUCUGGGUGUGACUCGCUGCGGCCAGCACCGCUGGAGCACCAUCAGUAGCCUGAGCUCAGACAGCGGAGUGGUGGGCCUGAGUGAUGAGCGGGAUGAGGAGGAACGCGAGCCCCGACAACACCGCAGAACCAGGGGAGCUGAAGUCGAGCGAGUGGACAGUGGCAUCGGUCCGGGCCUGUCCCGCACCUGGAAGAGGCCAUCCACCUCUCUAAGGGCAUGGGAAUCCCAGAGGCCAUGCCCUGACUGUGGACAGAGGGAUGGGGUCUCCAAGGAGCGGACGGAGCGAAUGUGCGAGCGCUGCUCCAAGCUACGGACCGAGCGCAAGGAGGCCAUCCUGGAGUUCUUGAACACAGAGUCGAGCUACGGCGAGGACCUGCGGAUCAUCAAGGAGGAGUUUUACUGCCCCAUGCAGAGCGCGGGCCUGCUGAACGCCGAGCAGCUUGCUGUGGUGUUCAGUAACGUUCAGGAGCUUAUAGACGUUAACGACCGCUUCACUGAACACCUGCAGGACAACAUCGACCACGCCUUUGACCAGGGUGAUGAUGACCUGCUGACUGUAUACAUUGGAGAAAUCUUUCUUGAGUUCGUCAACAUGCUGCCAGCCUUCCAGACCUACUGCCUGCAGCAGUCCACCUCGGUCAACAUGCUCAACACGCUGGAGAAGGAGAAAGAACUGCUCAGAAUAUUCCUGGAUGUUUCCCAGAAUGACAACACUGCACUCCGUCGUAUGAACUUACGCUCUUUUCUCAUGGCGCCGCUCCAACGUGUUACUAAGUACCCACUCCUGUUGAGCCGCAUCAUCAAGGUCACUCCUGAAUGUCACCCAGACUACACACGCCUCCGGGAGGCCAAGAAUCGAGUGGAGUCCCACCUGGAGCACAUUAACAUGAAGACCAAGCAGGAGGGCAACGGCGUCACCUGGUCUCUACGCUCAUUCCGGCGGGACAGCCGCAAGAACCGGGAGGUCAUUAACAUUGAGAUGCGAGAGGUGUCGAUGAAGACGGUGGGUUGGGCGAGAGAAAACACCCGGUUUGUCAUGGAGGGACCUCUGCAGCUGUCCCAGCCAGCAGAUGGUCAGUGGUUAAAAAAGGGCAGCAAGGCCCUGAAGUUCCAGAACGUGCAGAGUCUGCUGAUGGUGAGGACACAGCGAGGGGGGGACUCCCCAGGGUGGGCAACUGAGGUCGGAAGACAGGGGGAAGGCAUGGUGGAGAGCGUUCGAGAUGGAGUGUUGGUCUUAAUCAAAGAUAAAAGCAGUGGAAAAUUUGCAGUGCUGAGAGAGCCAAUCUGUCUUGGAAACUGCGUGGUUUCAUCGGAUCCAGACUGCGAGGACACCUUCGAGGUGCUUGACAUCCGGCGGGAGUCAUUUGUUUUCCGUGCCUCGGAUAAAUCCCGUACCCAACAGUGGUUCCAUCAGAUCAAGAGGUACGCCCGAGACUUGGGCACCUGGAGGAAAAGACGAAACGCUUUGCCCAACAUUAUGAUCAACGCCAACCAGACGCGUUCCUGAGGCGAGCCUCCACAACAUCGUUGUUCUACUGUAAAUAAUCCAAAAUUUUUCAAAUCCAGAAAUCAGCUGACAACAUUUUCUGAGAAACACCUCUUUUCUGAUGUGUUAGAUUUCAGUAAUCAAUCAUACAAUCUGUCUCACAUUGUUGUGAGAAAACUAAGCACUUUUUUUCCUAUGAAGCAGUAAGUGCGCCAUGAAACUGUAUGGAGAUUUAAUUUGAAGCUGUUACAAAAAAUGGGAAAAAUACCAGUUUUUUUGAACAACCAAAAAAUACUUGGGCUGUUCUUGCCAGCCUUGAUUGUAUAGACUGUUGAGUACCUAAAGGUGUGUCUGAUGAAAAGCAUGACUGAACAUGAUUGGCUGCAAAAAGAAAAAAAAAAAAAGAGAAAAAGUAAUUUUUACACAAGUCAGUGAGAAUUGCAAACCAUUUGUUUCUGGUAUGAGAAGGUGAAGAUUUCUCCGGUGGUUUUUUUCUGUGGUUUAUGUUUUGUUGUCACUGCCCUUUCCUCUUUGUGUGCCGCCCUCUACUGUCUGUAGGCAGCAUAACAACUUUCACGGCCUGAGAUGCAGUGGAGCAGAGCCUCUCCAUCGGGCUGAGAACAGACCGAUGUGUCUGUGUUCCGAUGAAAUUUCACAGAACAGCAAUAAUCUCAGCCAGUUUAAAGAAGUAGCUACUUAAUAUGCAGUUAAUACCCUAAUAUUCUGCUGUUGGUCCGUCUUUAUCAUUUUACUGGGCAUUGUGGCAGGUUUGUCUGACCUCUGAUAUCUGUUUAAGAUGGCUGGAUGACUGAGGCAUCUCUUUUUGCUGCAACACCAAGGAAGUCUUUAUUUUGUCUUUAAAACCAAGAGCACCUGCUGUCAUAAAAGCAGUAAUGAAAAAUUUUGUCAGAUUACCUGUUUGGUUGCGUCCAAUAGAAAGCAUAAAGUGCUAGUUAGAGAUACACCGAGAAAUCAUCUGGUGACCAGAAUCAGCCGAUUUUCAGCUUGAUCAGCCCUGACUGUUGACCAGCUGGUCAGAAUAUCAAUAAUCUAAUCUUUUUUCCAUUAGAUUAACGCAUCACACCUCAGAGCUUGCAACAAUAAACCUUUGUGUGAAGCUAUUUCCAAUAUUCCUGAGGUGUUUAAAUUUAGUUGAAGGUGGAAAAAGCUAUUUUAAAGGAAAUUAUUUUCUCCAACAUUGUGAGACAUCUUUGUGAUUCAUUCAGACCUUGAAAGAGCGAGACUUUCAGCUGAUAACAGGAAGGCUGAGCGUAUUAUAACAAAGUUUCUUUGUAUAAUCCAAUGGAGCUCUUAACCUCUUUCAGUAGUGAAAUACUGGUCCUUCUCAAAAUAUUAGCAUAUUGUGAUAAAGUUCAUUAUUUUCCAUAAUGUCAUGAUGAAAAUUUAACAUUCAUAUAUUUUAGAUUCA